ACGCUACCGUGGUCGCGAAACGAAAAAACGCCUCAUGUCUCCAUGGUUCUCUCCUGUGUGCUCCUGUGUCUCUUUACUCUUUGUUCUAACCCAACUUUCCACCUUUGGCGAGCAGAGUACUGGACACGCUUGUUGAUUUCUCGUCAUCAUGGACGUUGACAAGUCGAUACUGUUGCAGAAACAGGUGCGGGAUAAUUCCGAGGACUUGCAGAGGGAAUUCCUGGACUUGGGAAAUUGGGAGGCGCAGAUGAAACGCAAGGAGCUGGAGAUACUGAAUGAGCGCAAUGAACAGCAUGAUGUACCGCCAGUCAGAAGCAAGACUAAGAAGAAAUCUGUAGCGAAGGAGGACAAAAUAUAUCCAGAAUGCAAACGGUUAAAACCGGAUGAGUUGUGUGAUAAGUUUGUUGAUAGGGAAAUAUGCAAGGAAAAAUCGGACAAGUCGGAGAUGGGACCCUUGUCCAGAGAAGAAUUGGAGAACAACCACACCAAAGCCCUGGAGUACAAGCAGCAGGGCAAUGAUUUCGUGAAACAAAAGAAGUGGGACGAAGCGAUCGCCUCGUAUGGCAAGGCGAUAAAAAUUUUCCCUUACGACGCUAUCUUUUAUGCUAAUCGCGCGCUAUGUUAUAUGAAACAAGACAACUUGUAUGCGGCAGAGGCGGACUGCUCGUCCGCCAUACAACUGGACAAUACUUACAUGAAAGCUUAUCACAGACGAGUGAUGGCCAGACUAGGAUUGGACCAAUACAAAGAGGCAGAAGAAGACAUAAACAAGAUUUUACAUUUAGAAGAUCCCUGUAGCAAAGAAACCAAGUUCUUGCUUCGUCAAAUCAAGAAGCAGUUUGGAACCAUGGUUAUAGCUGAGACAAACGUAUGUGCAACUGACAUAUCUGAUCGUGACAAGUCAAAUCAAAAAGUAAUUUAUGCUAAGAAGGAUAAAGAUGAUGAGAGAGGCACAGAUGGAGAUAAUACUGUAAAAUCAUCAACCCCAAGCGUAACAGAACCAGAGAAAGAUCAACCUGAAAAGGAUAAUGUCGCAAUUGUGGAGCCUAUUGAGAAAUCUCCUCAUCAGCGUAGAAGGGAGCCAAUGAGGAAAUUACCUGUGCAAGAAGCUGAUUUAACCAAACCCCUUAAAUCUUCUAAAGAGGAAGUCGAAGCAACGUGUAGUAAAAUUCGACAGGUAGAAUUAUCGGAUGUACGGCCUGAUAAUAUCACGAAACCAAAGGAAGCCAUUGCAACACGUAAACCAGAGAACUUUAUUGAAAGUCCUAAAACAAUGCCUCCUGUCCCAAUAAAUUCAGUGCAGUUUCUAAUAAAGUGGGGAAAAUAUUCCUCAUCUGACUUUCGAUACAGAUACCUAAAACAAAUACCGGUAGGUCGUCUGUCAGAGAUAUUUCAAGAUUCAAUGGACAGUUAUACUUUCAGUGAUAUCCUAAUGACACUCAAAACAGAAUUUAUGAAACGGAAUGAACCUAUAUUCUCGUAUUUAAAAGAUCUCAGUGAUGUUAAAAGGUUUAGAGCACUUAUUAUGUUCACCAGUAAUGCAGAAAAGGAUGAUCUGAGGCAUAUGUUUUCAUAUUGUGAUAGAUCUGAAAAGAUACCUGCCAAAGAAGUCGUCGACUUACAAAAGAAAUAUGAGCUUUAGCAAGAUUUAAGUUCCAAUGAAAACAAGUGUACAAUAAAACAACGUAAGUUUAAACAUUGUAACGGAUAUUGAUUAUAUUUUUCUGGCAACUGAAUAAAUUUUAUUAUUGUAUAUGCU